UUUUUUGUGCCUUUGCAGGGGAAGAAGUUUAACUUUGGGAAGAUUCUCUUCAGCAACACCACCAUUUUCCUGAGAUUUGAAGGGGAUGAAAAAGCUUGCGAUCCCUCCCAAAGUUACAAUGUUACUUGGUACUUAAGAUAUUCUGACUGCUACAAUGAAGUUUUCAACUUUGGGGAUGAACAGGCAGAGUACUAUUUUGGGGCUACAUCUGAAGAGCAUCCUGGUUGGUCAGGAUACUAUGCCACAGCGUCUCUCCUCUUUGCAAAUUGCUCUGAGCUUUUCAGGCCUCAGAUUUUCUAUAAAGAAUUUGUUCAUCCAGAGCCCCUCUCACCUGAGAAACAAGAGGGCUUAAAAGAUAAGAAGGAGAGUGGAGGAAAUCACACAAUGGUGGCAGAUAAAACUGCAAUGAAUGCUGUUAUCAAAACUUGGCGAGAUGGGCCAUAUAUAUUUAUUGUGCAAAUUGGAAUUACAACUGCGAAGGAUUCUACUACCAAAGUUAAAAGAAUGGAGAAAACAACACCUUCCUCAUAUCAAAAUAAGCCCUUUACAAUGACAGUAGAACUGAAGGGGCCAUAUGAGUAUCUCUCACUUGCAGACUAUCCUCUGAUGAUUUUUUUCAUGGUGAUGUGUAUUGUGUACGUAUUCUUUGGAGUUCUAUGGCUUGCAUGGUCAGCCUGUUACUGGCGGGAUCUCCUGAGGAUCCAGUUCUGGAUUGGUGCUGUUAUCUUCCUGGGAAUGCUUGAGAAAGCAGUUUUCUAUGCAGAGUUCCAGAAUAUCCGCUACACAGGGGAAUCUGUUCAAGGAGCAGUAAUACUGGCAGAACUGCUUUCUGCUGUGAAGCGCUCAUUGGCUCGAACUCUGGUCAUCAUAGUCAGCCUGGGAUAUGGGAUAGUCAAGCCUCGCCUUGGAGUCACUCUUCACAAAGUAGUUAUGGCUGGAGCCCUUUACCUAUUAUUUUCUGGCAUGGAAGGUGUUCUUAGAGUCACAGGGGCCCAGAAUGAUCUUGCCUCCUUGGCUUUUAUUCCCCUGGCUUUCCUAGAUACUGCCCUGUGCUGGUGGAUAUUCAUCAGCUUAACACAAACAAUGAAACUGCUAAAACUUCGAAGGAAUGUUGUGAAACUCUCUUUGUAUCGGCACUUCACCAACACGCUCAUCUUGGCAGUAGCAGCAUCGAUUGUAUUUAUCAUCUGGACCACCAUGAAGUUCAGGCUGGUGGACUGUCAGUCGGACUGGCAGGAGCUAUGGGUGGAUGAUGCCAUCUGGCGCUUACUGUUUUCUAUGAUCCUUUUUGUCAUCAUGAUUCUGUGGAGACCAUCUGCUAACAACCAAAGGUUUGCUUUCUCCCCACUGUCUGAAGAGGAGGAGGAUGAUGAGCAGAAAGAACCAAUGUUAAAGGAAAGUUUUGAGGGAAUGAAAAUGAGAAGUACAAAGCAAGAACCAAAUGGGAAUGUAAAAGCAAAUAAAGCUCAGGAGGAUGACCUGAAGUGGGUAGAGGAGAACGUUCCUUCGUCAGUGACAGAUGUCGCUCUUCCAGCUCUUCUGGAUUCAGAUGAGGAAAGAAUGAUUACACACUUUGAAAGGUCCAAAAUGGAAUGAAGGAGUAGCUUUUUGUUACUGGAAGUGGAGACGCCUCUUUUAAAGUUGCUUGGUGGAGCAAGUGCAUCCUGCUGAUUUGUUUCUUGAUCUCGGCCUUGGACGUUUGAUGCUUUAUUGUCAUGAGAGCGUCUUGCUGUGGAAGAAGUUCACAAGGACAUUAUAAACCUUUUGGAAAUUUGAAUUUACAAAGUUGCUGCAAGUUUGGAUUUUUAAGCAAUUUAAAUGUGUACUAUUCCAGCACCUUCUGUAACUUUUCAAAUAUUUAAUCUGUGAAACUAAAAUUCCUAAUGUCUGCUUGAGGAGUUUAUAUUUCAAUGUUAUAAUUGACACUUAGGGGUGAACUGCCUGUACCUUUUUUGGGGGGAGGGUGGGGACAGAUAAAAACAAGCACUGAAGAAACAACAGACCCGUUUUCUGGUAGAUAAUGGCUUACUGCUGUUGCAUGUCAUGUGUCCGACACGGAUGAGAGGUUUUUAGAGAGAAGCUCCUGUUAAUGAAGAAAAUUAAGAUGCCAGAAAGGAAAUAUUUGGAAAAGUUACAGUGAUAUGAGUUUUUAACGAAAUCAAGUGCAAUUUUAUUCAUAACACUGUGUAAGAAAGAUUUUCUAUUUUAAAUGCCAUUGACCUAUAGGUAACAGCUGCAUAGAGCUAACACUUGCUGUUGUGGCACAUCUCAUUGCUGGCAAUGCGGUGAAUGCCUGGAAAAAUGAUUUGCCCCUACCUUCCAUGUGUUGCAUGACUUAAUUUAAAAGAAACAAAACCAAACAUAACCAAACAUCACCAAACCCACUCCUGCAGUGCUCUUCCACAAGUGCUUGACUACUCGUGUUUAGCAGAUAUUAACUAGAUGUUUCAGCAGAACUCUUCUCCCUGCCCACAUAACAUCUCCACCGAGAAGUCGGCACUCUUCUAUGAGAAGAUGGCAUUGCUUUCUAGAGGGCGCAAGCACUGCUUACCUUGCUUGAAAGAGGCUUUGAUGGGAGUACGCAGUGCUGGGGUAGUUCUGUUCCCAGUGUUCGGUUAGAAUUGCCUCCCACCUACGUGAUUUGAUGAUGGGCUUUCCUGUCCCAAUUGGUCCCUGUGGCCAAGAGGUACUCCGAUGAGAUCACUGUGUUUCAAAGUUGCAGAUUUCUAUUCUCUAUAAUUGCUUUUGGUUUCUCCUUUUCAAAUGGAAAAGAGCUUUUGGACAGUGUUCUAUUUUUAUUCUAUGCUUGGCUGUAGAGGCUUCACUUGCAAUAACUACACAUGGAAACCCACUGUUGGACUGUGUGACAAAAGCUCUAGUUUGGGUUCAUAACCUUUACAACUGAUAACUACCAGGCAAGCAGCAGCACAGCUGGAUUUCUAGGGAGCUGAUGUGCUGCUGCUGGAAUGGCAUAGGGAGUCAGCUUUUCUGGUUCUUCACUCAUAGCUGUGUCAGCAGAAGUUAACAUGUGCCUGUACUUCAUUUCGCUGUAAGGUCUGGUAGCGUAGCUCUUGUUCAUCUUUAUCAGCAACUUAUGCUGAAACAUGGCACUUUACAGUAGAGUAGCUGAGGCACAAGUGCAUCGUAUCUUCUGCUAGCUGUGCCAUGUGGGCAGCAAAUCCUCAGUGGAUGGGCAGAGGGAAAAAAAGAGCUGUGGCUGUAAUACGUUGGUCUGCCUCUGCAAGAGUUGCUGGAGCUCUUCUGCCAUCCCCUUUAGGCCAUGGGUAGAAUCUUUAAUGAGAAAACACUUUGACUUCUAAUUUGCUAUGCUUAAUUGAUAUAGAUGAAACAAACGUUACCUCCGUGUCCUUUUGGGGAGAGAAAAUUUUGUGAAAUAAAGCUACAUAAAACCUGCUAUUUAAUUUUUUUGGGUUGUUUUUUUUAAGUUCUAUUGUUUUGGGUUUGGGUUUUUUUGAGACAAAUAGGGGAAAAAUGUUCUCUACUGGAAGCACAAAAGAAGUUUAUAUGUACCAUUUAAUAAAAGCUAGGCAAAGAGUAGAAAGGCUUACAUUGUGUCCUUUCACUUUCAUACUGCCUGUGCUCUCACUUGAGAAAGUGUUAACCUCUUCACAAAGCUGCCUCACUUUUCUUUAACUCUUUAUUGUAUGGAAUUUAUAAUGUAGUUACUCCCGAUGAGCGCUUU